GGUGUAGAAAUCAUUCGUGAAACUUCUCUGAACGAGUGAGUUAGUGAAGAUAGCAAUACUGAUCGUCGACAAUGCCGCCAAAGACUAGUGGAAAGGCAGUAAAGAAGGCUGGUAAAGCCCAGAAAAAUAUUAGUAAAGCCGACAAAAAGAAGAAACGUAGGAGGAAGGAAAGCUAUGCCAUUUACAUUUACAAAGUCUUGAAACAAGUGCAUCCGGAUACUGGUAUUUCGAGUAAAGCCAUGAGCAUCAUGAACAGUUUUGUGAACGAUGUUUUUGAACGCAUUGCGGCUGAGGCAUCUCGCUUGGCCCAUUACAACAAACGAUCCACAAUUACGUCUCGAGAAAUUCAAACUGCAGUACGUUUACUUCUUCCUGGUGAAUUGGCUAAACACGCGGUCAGUGAGGGGACAAAGGCCGUUACCAAGUACACCAGCUCCAAAUGAACAGUUAAUCUAUUUCGACUGGCCCUUUUCAGGGCCACAAA